UCACCUAUAACCCAGCAAAAUGAACAUGAUGCUGAUGACAUGGAGUCAGAGAGGAAGCUGCAGAAGUGGAUUAAGAUGUUUCAGAUCACUGGCACCUCAGGUGGACCACUGGACAAAGUGACAACUCCACAGACCUCCAGCAAGCCUUCAGUGAGAACUGCCAUAUCACGAGAGUGCAAUUGGGGAAUUGAUCCUCCCAGUAAACCUCAAUGGGACUUCAAAAGAGCCAACUUUCUGCCACCGAUACGCAAAGAAACGAAGGUCAAAGCUUUUGGAAAGGCAUGUGUUACGCGGCCAGCAAUCCAUCAAAAUGAACAUGAUGCUGAUGAGGUUCAGGAAGAGAGGAAGCAGCAGGAGAGGAUUAAGAUGUUUCAGUUCACUGGCACCUCAGGUGGACCACUGGACAAAGCGACAACUUCACAGACCUCCAGCAAGCCUUCAGUGAGCACUGCCACACCACAGGAGCGCAACUGGGGAUUUGAUCUUCCCAAUACACCUCAAUGGGACUUCGAAAGAGUCAAAGUUCUGCCACCAAUAAGCAAGAUGACGAAAGUCGAAGCUUAUGGAAAGGCAAGUGUUACGCCAGCGAUCCAACAACAUGAACAUGAUGCCGAUGAGGUGGCGAUUGAAAAGUUUGAGGUCAAGAUUCAGGAUGAAAAAACAUCUGAACUUUCUUCUCCUGAACUUCACCCUCAGAGGAAGUGGAAGAUCUUCAGCAGGUUGCUUUCUAAGCGCCUACGAACAGCGAUCCAACAACAUAAACAUGAUGCCGAUGAGGUGCAGAUUGGGAAGUUUGAGGUCAAGAUUCAGGAUGAAAAAACAUCUGAGGGUGAAGUUCAGGAGAAGAAAGCUCAGAGGAAGUGAAGGAUCUUCAGCAGGUUGCUUUCCAAGCGCCUACGAACAGAAUGAGAUUUUAAGCAAAAAUUGCAUGGUGUUGCAGUAUUGCCAUUGCAUUACUUAAAAAUUUUAUUUUCAAAUGUCUGCAUAU